UUUUUUCUUUUGGCUUGGUGCCUCCAGGGCUGGUUUCCCCGGCCCCUGAAAUAACCGCGUCCUGACCCCGGUCGCCAGCCCCGCCCCAGGUUGCCCACCUCCCCCCAGGCUCUGCCCCUGGCCCCGGAGGGUGGGAAGCUUUGCCCAGCGGGUCUCCGCAGCGUAGCCGCACCUGCCUCAGUAUGCUUGGGGUCAACGACCCUCCUCCUCUUUUUAUAAAAGACAUUAAGGCCGGACUGAAAAACUUAAAUGUCGUCUUUAUUGUCCUGGAGAUAGGACGCGUGACCAAAACCAAAGACGGCCAUGAAGUGAGGUCCUGCAAAGUAGCCGAUAAAACGGGAAGCAUCACUAUUUCUGUGUGGGAUGAGAUUGGAGGGCUCAUACAGACAGGGGAUAUUAUUCGGUUGACCAGAGGGUAUGCGUCAAUGUGGAAAGGAUGCCUGACACUUUAUACUGGAAGAGGUGGUGAACUUCAAAAAAUUGGGGAAUUUUGUAUGGUGUAUUCAGAAGUGCCAAAUUUCAGUGAGCCAAACCCAGAUUAUAGAGGGCAGCAGAGCAAAGGGGUACAUAAUGAGAAGGAUAAAGUGAACGCCAGUACAUAUGGGCCAGUGGGAAACGGAGUUCAGACUGGCCCAGAGUCAAGGGGAUAUCACCUUCCAUAUAGUGGUAGAAGCAAUGUCCGCGAACCCAUCAAUCCACAGCUACCGGGAGCUCAUUGUGGUCAGACAGUCAUGACCGCAAUAAGUAAUGCCAGGGAUCCGAGGAGAGCCUUUAAAAGAUGACCUAAGCCAAAGAGACACGGGUCUUCCUUAAACUCCGUGCCCUACUUGAACACUCUGCACUUUUAUUUAUCGUUAACUGUGAAAAGUUUGUCUCUUACGGGUUUCCUUUUGCAUUGUUGGUUUGUUAAGAAGAAUGGUUGGUUUUGAUUGCAAAAGUUAAGCUGCUCAGUUACAUCCUAUUGAAGAAUAGGAACUCUGAAAGCAGGAACAUUUAUUUUUAGAGCAAGAACUUACUGGGUAUCACUUGAAAACCUGUCCCUGUUUCAAGGGUGAGUGACUUAAGACACCAGCUUUAUGGCCCCUGGAUCUUCUGCGUACUCUGUGAUGUUUGCCAUAACGUUUCUUGGGAAAUGUUCUUUUGUCUUAACUGGGAUGUUGCCACUUGAAGUGAUAGCCCCCGAGCCCGAAGCCUGGCCAGUGUGACGUACUUGGAGUGCCUGCUCCUGGGAUGACUGACUUCCUACACUGCCAUUCAUUCAGGUUGUCCAAGGACGAAAUCGUCCUAAAUUCUUGUUUGUUUACCAGAAAACCAGAUUCCUUAUCAGAAUUAUGGAACAAAAUGUGUAAUAUAACAAGUCAUUUUUAGGUGAAAACUGUUGAAUAUAAUGCUCUUAACAUCUGUUAAAAACAUUGAAGAAAAUUUUACAGUGGAGUCCUUGAAUGUUUUAUUUUUGAAACAACCAUGUUAAAUAUUAGUGUAAUUGGAGGGAGUUGCAACACCGCAGUGGACAGUGAUCUCAUAGUACUAAUUGUAGUAAUUUUGAGACUCGGUCUUACUCUGUAGCCCUGGCUGGGCUGGAACUUGUCAUGUAGACCAGAGGGGUCUCUGAACUCUGAUCUUCCUGCGGCUGUCUCUUUCUCCUUGAUGCUUGGGUUAAAGUUGUGCACUGCCAUACCAGGCUGAUCAGAUUAUUAAAAAAAACAAACCAAAAACCAAAACCAAAAACUUGUGGUAGAUAAAUAUUGUAGCAAAUGCAAUUCAGAUUGAAUUUUUGUAGCCAUGUGACUACCUGUUACAGGUCGUCAGAUAGAAGGAAAAAGGCUGGGGUAGGUACUGCCUUUCUUCUGGAGGAGUGUGUGUGUGUGUGUGUGUGUGUGUGUGUGUGUGUGUGUGUGUGUUUCUGAGCACAUCAUAUAGCCUUAUUAGCAAAAGAGAAAUGGCGGCAGAAGUAUAUACCUCAGUUAGAAGUGGGAGGGUGGGUUUGUGUGUCCUGGUACUUAUGUUUACUGUGGGGUGGGUAAUUGGUAGAUAUUGUCUCCUUAAAUGUUACCUCCUGAGUAAAUACCUUGCUCUGCUGACGGCACAGCCACCAACUCUGCUCUUUCCCUAAGCAUGGAGAGUCCAGUCGAGUCCACUGAAGCUGAGUCAGCUUCAGCCUGGCUGCUCCCCAGUCUGGUCCUGCCAUUUCUCCUCACCUCACACUGUACAAUAAGUAAGUUUCUAUUCAAAUUCUGUAGCAUUGGGAUCUAAUCUGUGCCAGAGUUUGUUCUGAUUCCGUUUAACAGAUUUUCAGUUUGCACUGUAUUAGGCUCUGUGUGGAGAUUAUUACAACAUUUGAGAGACUGCAGGGAAUUUACUUAUGGUUUAUAAGUGUAGUGCUUCGAUAUUAUAGAUAAUUGGUCAUUUGUUCAUACAUUAAUAAUUAUAGCUAAUUUGGUUUUGUAAUUUAUGAUUUUUUUUUGUUUGCAUUACUGAAAGCUUCAAAGAACGUUACCUAAGAGUUAAAUAACUUGUGUUUUGUGAUGACAGAUAUUUUAAAUAAAAAUAAAUGACAAACUAAUGUUGAAAUUUUAA